AGGCAAGAACCUCACCUCAAGAGUGACGAAGGGACGACCACGAACUCACCUCAAGAGUGGACGACCAAGAACUCACCUCAGGAGUGGACGACCACGAACCUCACCUCAAGAGUGGACGACCAAGAACUCACCUCAAGAGGACGACCACGAACCUCACUCAGUAGGACGACCGAACCCUACCUCAAGAGUGGACGACCCAACCUCACCUCAAGAGUGGACGACCAAGAACCUACCUCAGUAGUGGACGACCAAGAACCCACUCAGUGGACGACCAAGAACCUCACCGAAGUGGACGACCACGAACCUCACACCUCAGUAGUGGACGACCAAGAACCCUCACCAAGAGGACGACCACGAACCUCACCUCAAGAGUGGACGCCACGAACCUCACCUCAAGAGUGGACGACCACGAACCUCAGUAGUGGGACCAAGAACCUCACCUCUAGAGGACGACCACGAACCCUCACCUCAGUAGUGGACGACCAAGAACCUCACCAAGAGUGGACGACCACGAACCUCACCAGACGACCACGAACCUCACCUCAAGAGGACGACCACGAACCUCACCUCAAGAGGGACGACCACGAACCUCACCUCAAGAGUGGACGACCACGAACCUCACCUCAAGAGUGGACGAACCACCUCACCUCAAGUGGACGACCACCCUCCCCAAGAGUGGACGACCACGAACCUCACCUCAAGAGUGGACGACCACGAACCUCACCUCAAGAGUGGACACCACCAACCUCACCUCAGGAGGACGACCACGAACCUCACCUAAGAGGACGACCACGAACCUCACCAAGAGUGGACGACCACGAACCACCAGAGGACGACCACGAACCCCACCUCAGGAGUGGACGACCACGAACCCACUCAAGAGGGACGACCAAAACUCUCACCUCAGGAGUGGACGACCAAGAACUCACCUCAGGAGGACGACCACGAACCUCACCUCAGGAGUGGACGACCACAACCUCACCAGUAGUGGACGACCAAGAACCUCACCUCAGUAGUGGACGACCAAGAACCUCACCUCAGGAGGUGGGGACCAAGAACCUCACCUCAGUAGUGGACGACCAAGAACCUCACCUCAGUAGUGGACGACCACGAACCUCACCUCAGGAGUGGGACCAAGAACUCACUCAGAGGGACGACCAAGAACUCACUCAGUAG